AUGCAUUCAGGGCCGAAUCGCUGCAUCCUCCCGCGGCUGCGGUGGUGGAUGCGGCGGCAGUGCUUUCGCGAGCUGCUGCUGCUCGUGCUCGUGCUGUCGGCGAGCAGCGGCGCGCGCGGCGUGCGGUUCACGCUGGACCGGAAGGAGUGUCUGACGGAGUACGUCAACUGGGUGGGCGACGUCGUGCACGGCAACUUCGUCGUCGUUAGCGCCGACGCGUGGGGCGACUGGGAGCAGAACGGCGUCGACCUGGUGGUGAGUGGAACGUACGGCGUUGACCUGGUGGUGAGUGGAACGUACGGCGUUGACCUGGUGGUGAUUGGAACGUACGGCGUUGACCUGGUGGUGAGUGGAACGUACGGCGUUGACCUGGUGGUGAGUGGAACGUACGGCGUUGACCUGGUGGUGAGUGGAACGUACGGCGUUGACCUGGUGAUCAGCGACCCGGACGGGUACACGGCGUUCUCCACGGAGGCGCAGACGCAGGGCAAGUUCGAGUUCAUGUCGCAGCGCGAGGGCGACUACCGCUUCUGCUUCUCCAACAAGUCGCCGGUGUUUGAGACGGUGUCACUGGAGGUGUUUGUGGGCCACCAGGUGCAGCCCCACGAGAUCGCCACCGACGAGCACAUACUGCCCAUAGUGACCAAGCUCUCAGGGCUGCACAACCACAUCACCAGUGUGUACUUGGAGGCCAAGUGGUUCCACGCGCAGGCCGAGCGCCAGAACCAGCUGGCGCAGGCCACGACGCGCAAGCUGGUGGUGAAGACGGCCGUGCAGUCACUCGCCCUCAUCACCUGCUCCUUCCUGCAGGCACGCCCCCUCCCACUCCCCUCACACGCUCCACCCCCCUGCAUUUCCCUCCACUAUGCACGCACGGCACGGCACGGUAGCAUGCAGACCCACUCUCCUCACUGGAUGCGCUCACCCCAUCCUCCUCUGCAGGUCUACCUCUUGAGGCGCCUCUUUGAGAAGAAGCUUGGAAGGACAAUGGUUAUUUACAACCUUAGCAUCCAUACUGUCGUGACUAGUUUAAUCGAAUUCCUCGCGAGUCGUAAUUGUCGCGCAUCAGCGGGCAGCAUGGUGAAGGGCAAGAAGAUUCUCUUCAUCGUGGGCGACUACGUCGAGGACUACGAGGUGAUGGUGCCGUUCCAGGCGCUGAUGGCGUUCGGCUGCAACGUGGACGCCGUGUGUCCCGGCAAGAAGGAGGGCGACGUCUGUCGCACCGCCGUGCACGACUUCGUCGGCGAUCAGACGUACGCGGAGUCGCGGGGGCACAACUUCGUGCUGAACGCCACGUUCGACGAGGCGCGGUGCGACGCGUACGACGCGCUGGUGGUGCCGGGCGGGCGCGCGCCCGAGUACCUGUGCACCGACGGCCGCGUCACGGCGCUCGUGCGCGACUUCCACGCCGCCCGCAAGCCCAUCGCCUCCAUCUGCCAUGGCCAGCUCGUGCUCGCCGCCGCUGACGUGCUCAAGGGCAGCAAGUGCACGGCGUACCCGGCAGUGAAGCCGGUGGUGGAGCUGGCGGGUGGGCAGUGGGUGGACGCCGACCCCAUCUCCGCCUGCCUCUUCGACGACCAGCACAAUCUGAUAACGGGCGCGGCAUGGCCGGGGCACCCGGAGUUCCUGUCGCUGCUGCUGCUGGCGCUGGGCGCCAAGGUGCACGGCAGCGACAAGCGCGUCCUCAUGCUCGCAGGGGACUUCAUGGAGGACUACGAGGCCAUGGUGCCCAUGCAGGCGCUGCAGGCGCUGGGCUACCGCGUGGACGCCGUGUGCCCUGAGAGGCGCACAGGGGACGUGUGCAAGACGGCCGUGCACGACUUCGAGGGCGACCAGACAUACACGGAGAAGCCGGGGCACAACUUUGCGCUGACGGCGGACUUUGAGAGCGUGAGGGUGGACGACUACGACGCCCUGCUGCUGCCGGGUGGGCGCGCCCCCGAGUACCUGGCGCUGAACGCGCGCGUGCUGGAGGUGGUGCAGCACUUCCAUGCCGCCCGCAAGCCCAUCGCCUCCGUGUGCCAUGGCCAGCAGAUCCUCGCUGCUGCGGGCGUGCUCAAGGGCAUGCGGUGCACGGCAUACCCGGCAGUGAAGCCAACGGUGGUGCUGGCGGGCGGCGAGUGGCAGGAGCCGGACCCCAUCUCGCGGUGCUUCCAGGACGGGCACCUCAUCACGGGCGCUGCAUGGCCCGCCCACCCCGAGCUCAUCAGCCUGCUCAUGGCCGCCCUCGGCACCACCGUCACUACUUGA